CGCCUUUUCAUUAUUUGUUUUCGUACACGCUAUUUAAUGAAUACCGUUUGUUUUUAGUUUUGUAGUUUAAUUUUCGCAUUAAAAAGUAAAGUGCAAGUUAAAUUCAAUGCAGAAGCAUGUUUCCGUGUCAGGCAGAAUCGAAGAAAAUUAAAACGCGCGAAAAGUCGGGCGCCACGGCAUUAAGCGCUGUUGAUAAAAUGCAAAGUUUGAAUCAGCCGGCAAAAUUGUUUGAUAAUAAAUUUGUGGUCACCGUUUUAAGGAAUUCACGCUGUUGCCCUAAUUGCCGCAGCGAAUAUUCAACGAAUUAUGAUCUCCGUAUGGGCGAUUUGCACGUCAAAAGCAAUCGACCGUUUCUACUCGGCUGCGGGCAUAAUAUGUGCGAAAACUGUAUUUAUCAAAAUCACCAGAAUCUCGUUUGUAGCGUUUGUCAACAACCAAUUGUCAUAGAGAAACGCGGCAAUGUACCCAAUUCACCGAAUAGCCAUGCCAUCCAGCAGACACAACAACGACACUAUACUCAACCUCGCCACGAAAAUUUUAAUGUACGCGAUUACUUCUACAUGAAUUUCUUUUUAAUGGGCGAACUAAAUCAUUUGCGUUUCUAUCGUCGUGAAAGUUCGGCAAAUAACACCUUAAUGAUAUCUGAUCGCAGUCCGCCAUCGCCAACAUCCAGUGGAAGUCGUACGCUAGCACCUGGCAUACAUGCGCCACUGAACCGUUUUGUCGAGCGCUGCACAGAGUGUGAGCUGGAGCCGGCUGUGGGCCUAUGUCGCCAAUGUACUGUUCACUACUGCCGCAUCUGCUAUGAUUCCAUACACAUGUAUGGUAAGGCACUGAAACGCCAUUCGUUCGUGACGCUCGACAAGGAUCGUCAAGCCAUCAAAGAAACGGAAUUACCGCGUCCCGUUUACUGCCAACAACACAGGCGCGUUAAGGAUCGGUAUUGUCACACGUGCCAAUUGAUUUGUUGUUACGUGUGUGUGCAAAGGAUGCAUAAAACGCACCACGGCAUGUUAUUGGUGAAUGAGAAUGAAGGCUUGCAGGAUGAAAUUGGCACUAUUUUGGAAUCGGUGAAAAUGUCACGUGAGAAUCUGCGUAAAUCACAGAAGGAUGUCAAAGCCAUUGAACUCCAGCUCGAAGAAUAUGCCACUCAGUGCCUCAAAGACAUAUCUGAGUAUUUUCUACAAUUACACAGUUUUUUACAAAAUGAAGAAGCGCGCAUAUUAGAAGACUUCCAUAACCAAUGUGUGGAGCCGCAAAAGAUUAUACGCGAUGCAUUUUCAAAACUCGGCGAAACUCAGAGCAUUUUAAAUGUAGAAAAUGCGCUCACAAUUGGAGCAAUAUCAACAAAAAGUACCAACCGAUAUAUAUCUACGUCAAGUAUUUGAUGUUUACAAUACACAGCUGGAGCAAAUCGAUUGCCGCGUACAAAUUUCGAAACUCACCAAAAGUCCUUUCAUUUUUGAGAUUAAACAGGAUUUGCGCAAAGACUUUUCACAGUUCUUCACCUAUCAAUAUAUUGAUCCUACGAUUACCGUUCGUUUGCAACCCAUAUAUGGCGAUAACCAUUCCUUUCCUGAUCGAAAAUCCGAUUCGUCUGAUCAAAUGGAUGUGGACUGCUACGUUGAGAAGCACAAACGCAAAAAUAACGAACGUAAUAAAAAGCAAAAACAAAAAACACUGCGACGCAAUGACAACGAAGACGGUUCGAAUAACAAAAUGUCAGACACUGAAUCCCAAGGUCAUUUGCUACGGGAUAAAGAGUUGGUGCGCAUCAGUUAUGUAAAGUCGCCGGAACAUUUCUUCGUGCAAACAAAGACUGCGAUCUCCCAAAUACGUGAACUCUCAAAUAAAUAUGUGAACUUCAUGCAAACCGACUUAAUUCCUAAAGUUAUCACUGAGGGUCAAUACUACAUGACAUACCAUAGCGAUGAUAAGCAAUGGUAUCGCGGUAUGGUCAAAAAAAACCUAACAAAAGAUCUGUAUAAGGUGUUUUUAAUAGAUAUUGGCAUGCAGAUCGAAGUGCCAAAAACGCGAUUCUGCGAAAUUGAUAGUAAAUCGCUGAGCAUUCCCUUUGCAGCUAUACGCUGUGCCAUACAUGACAUAAUGCCAGUUGGAAAGUCAUGGAGUGAAGAAGCCUCUAAUCUGUUAGUCGAAAUUACAAACAAUCACUUCGUGCGCGUCAGCAUUGUCGAACGCAUCAAAGAGAAUAUGCUUUCAGUAGAUCUGAUUACAACGUCAUGUGUAGAAGCGAUUUCGGUUCGAGAAUCUUUUUUAUAUACUGGCCUGGCGCGGGAGAUGUCAGGUGCAGCAAAUUUACCAUCGCCACUUAAGAAAAUAUCUCCCAUGGCGCGUACCAAUCAAAGGCUACCAAAAUAUUCGUUUCAUAAUGGAGAUAUGUUGGUCGUAAAAGUGACAAAUAUAGAAAGUCCUCAUCUGUUCUACACCAUGAAGCUGGACGCUAUUGAGAUGGCACAGACAUUGAAAGCCGACUUAAACUUACAAUACAAUCAACCGAAUGUGACAUUGCUACCUGUUUUUUUAGCAUUACCACAAAUGUGCUGCGCUGUGCGCAUCGAAGAUAUAUGGCACCGAGCCCGGAUUGAGGGAAUACGCGGAGGAGGGAAAAUUACUGUGCUCCUCGUAGACGAGGGCUCACAACACGAAGUUAAUUGGCGUCACAUUUUUCCGCUCUUAAAUAAAUUCCGCGCGCAAAAAGAGUUUACCGUUAAAUGUGCAUUGGCAGAUGUUGAACCAUUGCAAGAGAAUAGCUACGCUUGGACAUCCGAAGCCAUAUGCGAAUUUCGCCAAUUGGCUGCCAAUCCUACACUACAAAUGACCAUACUAUCUACAAAUCAAGCAACAAUGCGAGUCACAUUGCAUGUUUGCAAAAAGCAUAUGGAUAUAAAUAUUGGAGCCAUGCUCGUUAGCUACGGUCACUGCGUGCCGACUGGCGAGAGUUCUCAAGUGGUAGAAGUCUACAAAACGCCAAAGAAACGCAUGAUCUUACCGACUAAUGCAAUAACAGAUGCCGCGCAGUUCAGCCAAGUCAAUACCAAUAUCAAGGGCAAAGGUGAUGUCACAAUACAGGACAGUCAAGAGACUGCCAACAAUGCAGUAACGGCGAAAAGUAGCAAACCUGUGAAAGUGCUCAAACGUACACCGGUCAAGGUUGUACAUGUCGUGGAUCCUGGCGAGUUCUACAUACAAAUUGCAAGUCUCACAACGGGCAUUGCUAAAUUUCACAAUCAACUGCAGCAAGCACAAAAUGAAGAUCAAUCGAACACAUCAAGUUUCUCGUUGGGUUCACAAAGCACAAACAAUUGGUUUGUUGGUAAUCACUGUUUGGUUCAUACAAAAUAUAAAAGUGAUCUUACCAAGCAUGCGCACGCUACACAAUCGUCCAGCCCAAACGAAUGGUAUCGCGCUAUUAUUAUCUCAAUAAAUGCCGACUUCGAAGCUGAUUUGUAUACCGUUUUUCUACGAGAUAUUGGUGCUACCAUUUCAGAUAUUACCUGUGCACAACUUCGGGUUAUAGAUCAUCAAUGGGAUUGUGUAACAAAUGCCGUACAUCGCUGUCACUUGGCUUGCGUUGAGCCAACUGGCGGUAUUACUGCUUGGUCACAUUCCGCCAUCGAUUGCUUUAACCACACCGUCAGCUCUUUUGAGUCCCUUUCGGCCACUUUACAAGGCAAACGUAUGCCAGGUUCCAACUCAUUGCCCAUCGUGCUUUGGGGUACAAUCACUGAAACCGAGGAUCCGUUAGCGCCUUGUAUUACCAAGCAUUCGAUAAUCAAUCGUAUAUUAGUGAAAGCUGGUCUCGCAUAUUCCGUACAACGUUUAGAUUUAACAGAACAGCUGGAUAAAUUGUUAGAAAUGGAAUUUGCAGAGGGUGAGAUUACCAUGGAGGAGUGGAAUAAGAAUUUUGCGAGCAAUGCCGCACUGAAAGAAAUCGAUAGCCGUGCCCAGCGUCUUACGAAUGCUUUUAACGCCUUCGACUCUGACAAGUCUAUGAAAACUGAUGAUCACGAUACCAAACAUAUACCUGACGUGGACUUCACCUUAGACAACGCAGUAGAUAGUCAGGCCUGCGGCGAGCCCACAGUUUUCAAUGCGAAGACACCAGAGGCUUGGCUGCAGUCGAAACCAAUUGAUAAGUCAAUUUUCGCCGCCAUACCAACAUAUGUGGAUUAUGAAGCCAUUGUCUAUUUACAUGAUGCCAAUGAUAAGGCUCUACUACAACAUAUACGAGAGAGAAUUAUGAAAACUUAUGGUAACUAUGAAUUGCCAACAACUUUUGUACCCAUAUAUACACCGGACCAGGCGUGCUUAGUGCGUUAUCAUGUGGAUAAACGUCUUUACCGUGGUAUCGUACAAAAAAAGAAAAAAGAUGAUUUUAUUGUACAAUUCAUUGACUAUGGUAAUGUGGAGUCGGUCAAAUUGCACGACUUACUUCCAUUUGCGCCAUUCCCGAAGUUACCACGCAUAGCACACAAAUAUCGCAUCGAGGGGAUACGUGCCAAAUCCGUCGAUGGCGUCUACACGACAGAUGUACUUGACAUCAUACAUGUUACAGUUGUUGAAAAACUGGUUUCCAUACGUGUGGCCAUUUCAGAGCUACAAAAUCCGAUAAAGGCAUGUAGUAUGCGUGUAGGUAAUAUGGAUGUUGCAGAGUAUCUCAUCAGCGCUGGACAUGUUGAGCGAGAUGUUUUGCUCUCCGAUCGAUCUCAUAAGAAAAAGGUGAGAGAUAAGCUCAAGCCUAGUUAUAAAGAUUUGAAAGUAAUUGUUGAUAUUGAAUCGACUACGGAUAACUGUGAUGCACUUACAAUUGAUGACAAUGGGUUGCCCAUAAUGGAAGCGGAAAAAAUGUUCCAAUUCAAGCACAUUAAACCCGACUUUUUUGAACUAAAUGAGGACAACAAAAGCGAUAAAGAUACCGACGAUGAUGGAAGCGACAACAAUGACGAUACAGUCAAUGAUUGUCUCGAUCAAUUGAUAUACAAUUUGGACAAAGGCGUUAAUCAUUCGGAUAGUGAUGACAGUCCUAAUGAUGAAUUAAAUAAUGCGCUCUCACCAUUGCAGGCAGCACAAUUAGCUUUGCAACAGCAUCAAAAACCAACCCAACACUCUUUUACGCCACCCUGUAAGAAACGCAUGUUCGACUCAAAUGAGUACAAGCAAUUGCAUAAGCAAAUGUUGCUGGAAAAUUUGUAUGGCAGCGAAAAUUUCAUGAAAAAUGAAUUGGCCGCGAUGCAAUGUGAUAACGAUGUCGCUGACGCUGGAGGUUCCGGCGCUCUUGCUGCCAGUUGGGGAAUUGGGGAGGAUGAUGAAGAUGCCGCCAUUGUUGAGUUGGAGCAAAGUUUUGCGCUGAAUUAUUGGCAUACCGCUAACGAAACCGAACGGCAAAAAGAUAAAAAUAAAGAGAAAGAAAAAACAACGAAUGAACAGGAAAAAAUUAUAGGAAGAGAAUUGGAAACUCACGACCACGUUGGCCUUUCCCAGCGGUCGAACUCAGUGAUGGAAACAUCUGCAUUCGAUGGAUUCUGUCCCAAUGAAACGUCGUCGGUGUUCUCUCACUUAAGUGGCAUCGAAUGUUUUAAAAUGCCACAAAUACCAGUGGGUAAACGUUCCUUCGAAUGCAGCGUUGUCUUUAUUGUUACACCGACAAUUGUACAAAUUCUACCACAUCUCACCGAAUUCGAAUAUCGCGAACUGGAAUUGCAAAGACGCAUUAAACAUUUAGUGAAGUCAGCGCCACUGCUCACCGAAUACGAACCGCGCACCAUUUGCCUAUCACAAUACCAUAAGGACAAGAAAUGGUAUCGCGCCCUAAUACGCUCCUACAAUCCCGUCGGCAAGCAAGUGGAUGUGCUCUUCGUUGACUACUUGAACACGGCAUCAGUGUCGGUCACACAACUCAAACAAUGUCCGCUCGAAUUAUUCAGUUGGCCAUUGCGCACCAUACGCGCUCGCCUCCAUGGUAUGAUACCGAAUCCGCGCCUACGUGAAAAGGACAUACGACAAGCUUUGCAGAAUAUUGUACUCAAGCGCACUUUGGUCGCGCGCAUUGUAAAAGAGCCGAAGCGGCUUGACAACUCGACAGCCAUAAGUAUGACAAGUUUCAUGCUUCUAGAUGACGUUGGCGAUUUAAGCUCAGCCACUGCUUCAGGUGCGAUCACUGGUGCUGGGACUUAUCAACAGAACGUGGAUGAUAUCAUAGAGGUGCAUUUAUACGAUCCCGACACUUAUGCACGUAAACAGAAGGACGCUCGCAUCUACCAACCGCUUAUACAGGAUAGUUUCUAUUCUUAUAAAAAUGCUUAGAAAUAUAUAUGCAAACUUAAAUUGGAAAAUUAAUUACAUUAUAGGAGGGUAACCUAUGGGCAUAAAAUUACCCAAAAAUUUAAUUUUAUAACUAAGUUUAUUUAAUAUUUUAUACUUGAACUUUCAUUAUUUUGUUUGAUAUUCAUAAUGUUCGGUUUGUUGCACGGGAAAUGGAAGGUGUGAAUUAUUAAACAUUCCCUAAACAUUUGUUAUAUUUUAUUCUCUCUGUAUAUGAGAUACAUUUGCAUUUUUCAUUGUACAUUUAUUUUUAUUAAUACUGAAAUAAAAAAGUUUGCUUAUUUAACAAUUUUGAAA